UCAGGAUCAGUGCAGAUCUGGGACCAGUCCUGGACCUGGGUCUGUGAAGGGGCCUUGGACCAGCAGGGGGCAGAGGUGCUGUGCAGGGAGCUGGGCUGUGGGGCUCCUUCUCUCCUCCAGGGGGCGCUCUCUCCUCUGAAGCAGACGUUCCACUGUGAGGGCCAUGAGUCUGCUCUGAUGGACUGUCCCCGCUCCGGCUCAGAGACCUGCUCCUCUGGAGCCGCUGUCAACCUCACCUGCUCAGAGCCGCUCAGGCUGGUGGGAGGGGCCAGUCGCUGUGCUGGGACUGUGGAGCUGAGACACAGAGGAGAGUGGAGACGGAUGGGGCCCCAUGGAUUCUGGUACCUGGAGCACACAGCUGCUGUGUGCAGAGACCUGGACUGUGGCUCUGCUGUUUAUGGAGAAAAGAGAUAUGAUUUUCCAGAAGGUCCAUUGUGGUGGGUCUCGCCUGACUGUGUGAAGAAGUGUGGAGCUGACUUACUGAAUCGUCCGGUCAUCUCUCUGUCUGUGUCUGACGGGGUUUCCGAGCCCCGGCCACAGGGGGUCCGGGUGCUGCUGGGGUCAAAGUUCAGUGUCAAAUGCUCUGUGGAGCCACAGUACCCGGGAGGCUCCUUCCAGCUCCUCUCUCCCACUGUCCCCCUCGGUCAGAACCACACCCUGACCGCUGUCAAUCACUCCGCACACUUCCUGUUCUCUGACACUGGCCCCGCCCACAAAGGAAACUACACCUGUGUUUACCACCUGCAUGUGUUCAACCACAGCUUCUCCUCUCAGAGCCCCAGCCUCCAGCUCUCUCUGGGAGCUCCAGACUCAGACCUGAUCAUCAGAGUCCUGCUCAUUCUACUGUUGAAGCUCCUCUACAUCCUUCCAAUGUUCUACUACUACUGCAAGGUGCGGGCCAGAGGGGGCGCUAGAGAGACGACCUCGUAGGGCCUGGACUUAGACCGGUUCAGAUCCAUGUGAGACCAGGACUUAGACCAGUUCAGAUGUGAGCUCCUGGAUGCUCAGGACAUUUGUGUAAAUACAGAGU